GUUGGAAAAGAACUAAAAAAUAUAGAAUGUCACGUUAGAAAGGGAUGUUUGUCACACAUCCCCCCAGGUUGUGGGACAACACGAAACGAACGGCUUCACCGAGGACUGAAGAAAACAACAGUAACAAACCGAAUUGGAGUAGAUCUUGCAAGAACUCACUUUGAAAGAACCCUUUUUAACUCAAACAGGAAACGCGAUGCAAACUUACCAUCUAUAGGAGACAUGCUCAUAAACAGUAGAAAGAAGAUUCUGUUAACAGGAGUACCGCAAACGAGAAGAACCCCUGACGGGACCAAUAACAAAGUUCACGAAAUAUAUUUCCAUGUGAUGACAAAUGCUACAGAUAAAAAAAUAAAUUUGAAAACAAUAUCAAUAGAGUAUUUCUCA